GCUGACCAAAGGAGCUCCGCGCGCGCGCGCGUGUGUGUGUGAGAGAAGGAAGCAGAUAACUAGCGACGGCAACGCGAAAAGUCGCUCCGACCACUUUAACAACAGUUUGGGUCUCGCGCUCUUUGGAUAUAUCUAUAUAUCUAUUUGCACUAUGGCCGAGAAGAUGGACAUCGAGGAACGGAAGCUUUCCAACGGCGAGGCGCACCUCGACGCGCCCCUGGCCAACGGGACGAGCGGCCCCGACAAGGGCAACCGGGGGCCGCUGUCCCAGCGGGUGAAGAGGAUCGUGAUGGCCAACCUGCUGGUCAUCCUCACCGUGGCCGGGGUCAUCGUCGGCGUUUUCAUCGGACUCGGCGUGCGCAACGCCACGCUGACCCGCACCCAGGUGAUCUACGUGGGCUUCCCCGGCGAGCUGCUCAUCCGGCUGCUGAAGAUGAUCAUCAUCCCGCUGGUGGUGUGCAGCCUGGUGUCCGGCUCCGCCAGCAUCGACCCCAAAGCCCUGGGUAAACUGGGCGGCUGGGCCAUGCUCUUCUUCCUGGUCACCACGUUGAUCGCCUCGUCCAUCGGGGUCGUGAUGGCGUUCAUCCUGACCCCCGGCUCGGGUACCCUGUCCAAACCCAAGGUGCAGGGCUUGGGCGACGACGUGCCCGUCGCCAAAGAAGUCAUCGACUCCUUCUUGGAUUUGAUCAGAAACCUCUUUCCCUCCAACCUGGUGGCUGCUGCCUUUCAAUCAUACGCGACCAGCUACAAGCUGGUUACCAAAAAUGGCACGGAUGGAAACCUGACUGUCGCAGUGGAGAAGGUGCCCUUCGGGACAGACCAGGACGGCAUGAACAUUCUGGGUCUGGUGGUGUUUGCCAUCGUGUUUGGCGUGGCUUUGAGAAAGCUGGGCGAGGAAGGGGAGCUGCUCAUUAAGUUCUUCAACUCCUUUAACGAGGCCACCAUGGUGCUGGUCUCCUGGAUCAUGUGGUACGCCCCCAUUGGGAUCAUGUUCCUUGUAGCUGGCAAGAUCGUGGAAAUGGAGGAUGUUGGGAACCUGUUCGCCAGCCUGGGAAAAUACAUCGCCUGCUGUGUCAUCGGACAUGCCAUCCACGGCCUCCUCGUGCUGCCCGGCAUCUACUUCGUCAUAACGAGGAAGAACCCGUACACCUUCCUCUGGGGCAUAUUUACAGCUCUGGCGACCGCCUUCGGAACAAGCUCCAGCUCCGCCACGCUGCCCCUGAUGAUGAAGUGUGUGGAGGAGAACAACGGCGUGUCCAAGCACAUCAGCCGCUUCAUCCUGCCCAUCGGCGCCACCGUCAACAUGGACGGCGCCGCGCUCUUCCAGUGCGUGGCCGCCGUGUUCAUCGCGCAGCUCAACAACACUUCCCUCAACUUCAUCCAAGUCUUCACCAUCCUCGUGACCGCUACAGCAUCAAGUGUUGGCGCGGCAGGCAUACCUGCUGGCGGUGUGUUGACCCUGGCCAUCAUCCUGGAGGCGGUGGGGCUGCCCACCAAUGACAUCUCGCUCAUCCUGGCUGUGGACUGGCUCGUUGACCGUACAUGCACGGUGCUGAAUGUGGAGGGCGACGCCUUCGGAGCGGGCCUCCUGCAGCACUUUGUGGACCGCGGGUCCAAGCAGCAGCAGCAGCAGCAGGAGGAGGAGUCGGCAGUAGAGCUGAGCGAAGUGCGGCUGGACGGGCUCCCGGCGGCGGCCCCCGAGCGCUCGCCGCUCAUUGAGAAGCGGUACAGGGACGGUGCAGGAAGUGCUCAGGCGUCAGCGGCCGGUGACGCGUAAUUUGGUCACGUGACCCAGCUGCUGACAGUCAAUGACACUCUGACUUAUUUUAUACAUCCCUGCAAAACCCCCAAACUUUCUUUUUUGUUUUUACAUUUGUUACUUAUUGGCACCAAUGUUGUAAACGGACAUUUAGCCCUUUGUCCACUUUCUGGUGCAACGCGUGACGAUGUCUGACUUGAGAAGUUGGGGAGGACCACACACGGCUCGCUGCACCCAGCCCAUGUUACAAAGACAGUUUUUAUAUUCUCCAUCCCGAUUUUUUUAUUUUUUAUUUCAAUGUUCUCCUACAGGAAAUAUUGAGGAAUGUAUGGUCUUAGUGAGAAAAUUGUUGCAUUUUAUGGCCACUUUCAUAUAGAUGGUAUCCACAUAUAUUUAAACUAUGUAUUUUGUCAUAUUGGACAUUACAUGUAGUCAAUACUGCAUAUAAAUGGCUUACAAUGUCUGUAACAAAAGGUAUAAACAUUUUUUAAUUCUUGUAACUGCCCAAAGCUAAAUAAUGGAGUUGUUUUUCUUAAUGACACAUGGGUUAACAUGCUGGGCUACUUGAUGAACCUCCGAGCCUUUCUGCCUUUUCUGAUAGACAUCGAUGCAACCUCAGGAUUAACAACGGCUUAAAGACUGUACUCAAUACUCGCAAGACCAAAAAUCACGCCGACUCCACAAAAAGGCGUGAAAAAGUAAACUCCAGCUAACCUUGAAUAACAUUUGUGUGUAUGUGUGAUAGCCUACCUUUUCAAAGCCCUUGCUCUUUUGUUACAAACGGGCUUUAAAGCACAGUCUGUAGCAUUUGUUUAGUUUAAAAUACGAGCGUGGCUUCAUGUGUCUAAGAAGUCAUUUAGUACAAAGCUGACUGAAUAUCACCAGUGACCAUUUUGACUCUUAUGGUCUGAAGGAUUUAAUUAAGUCGUGACGUAAAACUUGUGUGGAUGUGAUGGCCAUAAAUGAGAAGUUUUGGGUUGUGGGGUUCCUAUUGUAAGCCAUUGGUGAUGCCUCAAUAAAUUAUUUGUUAAAUUCAUAUUUAUUUCCAGAAUGAAAAUCCAAAGUUAUUUAAGACAAUUUUUGGACUUGUAACUCCACUUUUUUUCUUUUCUUUUUUGCCAGCGUCAAGGUUUCUUGUAAUAGCUCCUUGGUGAAGGGCUUUAUUUAGUUUGUUUUAUUGGUGUUUUAAGUUGUGAGUCAGCAUCUAGAUUUGUGUACAAGUUGCUUCUUUAGUGACUCUUGAAAUUCUCUUCUGCAGUUUGUAGAGGUCUGUUAAUGAAAC